AUGAAGAGGCAGGACUUGAAUAAUUCUCUUCUUAUGCGCGAAAAGUGGUGGUUUGUGAGCCCCGGCUUGCGAUGCCUCCACGCGGCGGUGGCAUUUGGGGCCAUGAACCGUGCAGCGGCGGCGCCGGCGCCGGCUCUUCUGACCUUUUCGCCGUUACAGGGCGGCGGCGUGGAGCGGCGCCACGCCGCUCCGUGGUGGCCACGAAAUAAGGCUAUUGCAGACUAUCUCAGCAGCAAUGGUUAUAUGGGAGCCUUGGAAGCCUUUAAGAAAGAGGCUGAUAUGCCAGGAGAAGUUGAGCGCAAAUAUGGUGGACUUCUGGAGAAGAAAUGGACAUCUGUUAUUCGACUUCAAAAGAAGGUGAUGGAACUAGAAUCGAAAUUAUCCGAAGCCGAGAAGGAAUACAUUGAAGGUGCUCCUACAAGAGGAAAGAGGUCGCCAACUGAAUGGAUUCCCCGACCACCAGAGAAACACUGUCUUACAGGCCAUCGAAGCCCUGUUACUAGGUUUCAUGCAGUGCAGAUAUGACAAUCAAGCUGUGGGACUUCCAGAAUUAUGAUUGUAUAAAAACCAUGCAUGGACAUGAUCAUAAUGUAUCAAGUGUAACAUUCAUGCCUGGUGGUGAUUUUGUCAUUUCUUCGUCAAGAGACAAAACUAUUAAAAUGUGGGAGGUUGCCACUGGGUACUGUGUUAAAACUUUCACAGGUCACAGGGAAUGGGUGCGAAUGGUUAGAGUUUAUCAGGAUGGCUCGUUAAUUGCAUCCUGUUCAAAUGACCAGACUGUACGUGUUUGGGCUGUUGCAAGUAAAGAGUGCAAAGUAGAAUUACGUGAUCAUGAUCAUGUUGUGGAGUGCAUUGCCUGGGCUCCUGAAAAUGCAAGUUCAGCAAUAAAUGAGGCAGCUGGUGCUGACAACAAGAAAGGAGCUCACGUUGGACCAUUCCUUGCUUCCGGGUCCCGAGAUAAAACUAUCAAGGUUUGGGAUGUUGGUACCGGCAUGUGCCUAUUUACACUAGUUGGGCAUGAUAAUUGGGUUCGUGGGGUAGUGUUCCAUCCUGGUGGUAAGUAUAUAGUGAGUGCCAGUGAUGACAAAACACUAAGAGUCUGGGACACCCGUAACAAGCGCUGUAUGAAGAUCCUCGAAGCACAUCAACAUUUUUGUACUUCUGUUGAUUUCCACAAGACACACCCGUAUGUAAUAUCUGGCAGUGUAGAUCAGACUGUGAAGGUGUGGGAGUGUCGCUAACUACUCUCACCUGACCAGCUCAUUUACACAUGUGGUUGGUGAACGUGAAGCCUAGCAUCGCAUGAAUUAAGAUGUAAUAACUAUAUACAGUGUUACUAUAACCUUCUAAUUUAUAUACAGAACCUUAAUUUGCUUGUGGUUUGAAAGAAUUUUCCCCUCCCAUUCCUCUUGCCUGAAACACAGUUAACCAGUGAAGAGGAUAAUUCACAUCCUGGCUGGAAUAUUCUGUAUUUAAAUAGAUGGCAAUUUGUGAGGAAUGAAGGGCACUAGGCAGUUGAAGGUCAGACUUGGUUUUAGUAACCUUGUGUACAGUUGAGGUGUCUCACUUUACAUUGAUACAAGGUAUUUUUGUUAGGCGACAAUAGAAAAUAUUACUUGAUUAGUAAUUUAUUGCAAAGUCAAACUUCAGGAAACAGAUGCACAAAGGUAUCAUUCUUUCUAAGUUAUUGCUUAAAGCUCUAGAAAAUGAAUUUGAGACCCAGCAAGUGAUUACUGUCGGAAACUAAAAGUAAUCAUGUAAUCAAAUUGGAUGCAUGUAUAAAACAUUUGAUUGUAGUUUGUACAUCCUCGUACAUGUAUUCCUUAUUCAGGUGCUACACAGAAGGUGAAAUGUGUCUGUUUCAACUGGUAUUAAAAAUAAGCUGCUAUGAAUUCAUUGUGAAUGUGUUUUGAUAUGAACAAAUUUAAUUUUUUGUGUACAGUUUGCCAAUAUGAGAGAGCUGCUGUUUUAUUGACAUAAAAUAAAUUUAACAGAUCUAAAAUGUAAUAUUUGUGACUGAAAACUUCUUAAAUGGAUACUGAAAGAAGAUAUAUUGCUAAAUUGUGGUUUGUCUAAAAACGUACUUCCUAACUUGUUUUCUAAAAUUUACAGUAGUAGAGAACUCUCAUGCUCGUGCUUUUGCUUUGCUGUGUGGGUACAGGACUGCUCUACUUGCUGGAUCUCUUUCAUGCCCUAUGCUGGGUUCAUUGUUUCCUAUGUGACAGUGUGGAUCCUGAAAGUGAUUCAUGAAUGAUCUGCAGUGCAGAUUGUUAGUUUGUACAUAACCAACUUUAAUUUUUGUGGUAAACUUUAUUUCAUAUUUUUUAGUUGUUUACUUUGUGAUAUAACCUAACAGGAUGUGUUGUAGCAUUAUAUAUUAGUUUUAAGGCAAGUAUUUAUUUGUAUUAAGCUUUCCAUAGUGGUCUUGUAGAGGCUUUUAAUGGAAGCAGGAAAUGAGCUGAAUCUUAAAUUUUAAAACAAGCAAUCUUCUACUGCCUUUACAUCCACAAGAUCUUCCGUUGUAUAUAAAUAUAUUAAAAAUAUGUUUUGUUGGCCUGCAUCUUUUCCACACAAAAAAACAAUUGUUAUUUCUUGUUUCACUUCCGAAAAAUGCUUUAUUUGAAUUCUGUACUUUGUUGUAUUUACAAUUACAUGUAGAAAUACAUUUUCCUUGAACUUUUACUGUCCCUAUUACACAUAGGAUUUGGGUUAAUGAUCCCUUGCAAAUGCUACUUUCAUGAGAAAUUCAUAGGAGCUUCACAAUUUGCUAUUACACAUGCCAUAUUACAUGUACAGUAUGUGUGUUUAAGGUAAUUUUAAUUGCUUACUAUACAAAUCCAUCCUUGUAUGACAGCUCUCUGUUCAAUAUAAACUUCUCAGUAAUGAAGAAGAGCCUUGUCUACCUUCAAUUCAUCUGAACUAACAGAGCAUUGCAUGUAACUAUUGGACAUGGUAUUUUGAAGUUUUUAACAAUUUCCUAUCUGAGUGUAAUUCAUGGAGUUUUUAGUAUUGAGAUGAGAGUUCAACAUUAUGGCAGUGUGGAGUGUAAUUUUGAUACAGUAAAGCGAAAUGACACACAUUGAUGGCUGAAUGAAUCUGUCAGUGUAGUUAGAAUGACAGUUUCAUGCAAUUCAUAUGCUCCUUACUUAUGAAAAAAAAUUUCCCCGACAUAGAAUUAUAAUUUUCAUAAAUUUUGAGAUCUCCCAUUUUUCUCCUCCUCCCCCCUGCCCUCCCCCUCCAAGUGGAUUUUCCAUAUCCGACUGAUGAGCAUUUGCUUCACAGCUGCUCAAAUGGGAUUUAGAGGAAGUGGGAAUUUGUAUAAUGAAUUAAUGCUGUAUAUAUACUUCUUCCCAUUAGUGGGUUAUAGGUGUUUAUGGCAUCACUAUUUUGAGGGUUCUGUGUAGUAUGUUUUGGUUUCAUAAGCAAUGUUUACCCUACCCUACACAGUGACCACACAACUGGCAUGCCAGAAGCACCAUGGUAGAUUUUGUGUGUUAUAGGAAAUGUAUCUUAGAACUGAACAAUUAUUUGUUUGCAAUGUGAAAGUUACAGUACAGAUAGUCUCAUAAUAAAUCAUAGACAUUGCUUUGUACUAGUUCUUUAUUUGGACUAUUGCCAUGCCACAAUAUACCAAGUGCAUUUAUAGCCAGAUGAAAGUGUUUGACUACAUGACAUUUCUAGCAUUUGCUUCUAGUUACUAUCAGCAGAAUGGUAUUCAUUAAUCCACAAGAAAACUUGUCCCAACUUGCCCUGGAAUUUACAGCAAUUUGGGGUGCACUAUAUUAACUGUCUCAAUGUGCCAAUAAAUGCUGAAAAGUUUUAAAAAAUUGCUGUACAGUAAUUUGCUUAAUAAAUUUGCAAAUGUCUACAGUAUGUUCCUUUGGCAUGCUAUUUCCACAAUGUAUGGAUCUAAGUUUUAUUUUGCUAUCAUUCUGAUUGAAGUACUUUCAUGAAUAAAAAGAGAAAUGCAAAUACUUACUCAAGGUAUGUAAUAAAUGCGUACGAAAAAGGAAAUUUUGUUAACAUGUAUUGGCUAUUAUGGUUAUGUACCACUCGACAGAAUAAAUGAAUUAAUGUUGGAAUGAAAAUUGAAGUCGCCAAGUGCCAAAUGUUUUUAGUUAUUUUAGAAUAUAUUGGAAUAACUUGCACAAACUCUAGAACUAGAAUUUACAAUUGAGAUGCAAAACAUCUAGUAUGAAAAUGUGUUUAAAAACACUGCUGAUAGCAUUUGUAAGUCUGAAAGGUAUUAUUAGAAAUCAUUGAAAAAAAAUUCUUUGGUUGUAAGACAAGUUUCAAUUAGCUUUGAUAUUUGAUUUCUUAAUUUGUAUAGGCAUUAAAAAGGUUCAUUAGGGAAAGAAAGUUACAGAACCACAAAACUUUUGAAAUGACCAUUAGUGAACACACAAGUUUACAGGAUAUAUUAUAUAGUUUUGUUGUUUUUGUUUUUGUUUUUAGCAUUAAGAAUGCAACAAGACAAUAACUGCAACAAUUAUAAAUCCUAUUGUGAAUGAAGC